AAGUACCCGAGUCUCUAUUUUGUCCAUAUUCUUAUUCUCCUUCUUUUAUCCCAUCCUUUUCUACAGAGUAUUUACUAUUCCAUCGUUAAUCCUAUUCUUUUCAGCUGCUUGGGUUGAUUAGGAUGAUGUGUUGACCCCCACUCUGCCAUCAUACAAAUCCUCCUAAUUUACACCACGCUAACCACGAACUGCUACCCCCCUUUUGUCCCACCAUCGAUCGGUCUUCUCUCGAGCUCCUUCUGAUCUUCCCCUCCGAUCAAUUCAUCUUCUCCCACAGUCAUGUCGACGACUAGUAGUCCUGUGGACAAGAAGCUCCCCCACCGCUCGUCAACUUUGAGGAGCACCAUCAGCGGUUUCGAGCGCCGCGCCUCAAUGAGUGAUGAUGAAGCAAUUCCCGGCUCCGACAGCAAUGAGACUACCAACCUUCUUCUUGAACGUCUCAGAGCCUGGAAACACAUGUGUGGAUACCUGGAGGAUUAUGUUUCUGCCACUUCAAAGGUGCAGAAAUCCAUGUCGAAGGAUUUUGAGAAGAUUUUAAAGACGGUGAAUGAACCACUCAAAGAAGGCCACCAUUUUUCUCAGAGCGCGGGAGGAGUGUCUUCCUUCUUCGAGAGCGUCCGUUCCAACACCCAGGGAAUGGCCAACCUGUGUCUUGACGGCGAAAGAAAUCUCAAGACCGUUGUGCUUCCCAUUCUGGAGAAGCUCCACAAGGAUAUCAAGGUCAAGUCGAGCGAGCUUCAGACUGGCGCGUCAAAGGGUGCGAAGGCCGUCGAACGGGCCCGGAAUACUACCCAGAAGCAUAUCGAUCUCCUCACCCAGAACACGUCUGCCCUCGAUGCAACUUCUGGAAGCAAGGUGGACGCCUCGCACGAUCCAUAUAUCCUGCGCCGUGGCGUUGUCCACCGCCUGAACAAGCAGGUUAUCGAGGAAAAUAAUAACCGACAGGAUAUCAUCGUUGUGCAGAACAACUUCCAACAGUUUGAGGCACACAUCCUACAGACCAUCCAAGGUGCCCUGGAACAGCUCGUCGAGUUCAUGGGCAAUCAGUCGGAUCGCCAGAAGACCAUGUAUGCCGACAUGCUCGGCACUGUGCAAAGGAUCCCCCCCGAUUUCGAGUGGGUGAAUUUUAUCACCAGAAACGAUUCCACCCUGGUCGACCCUGAUGCGCCACCACGGUCGCUCGCAAACAUCAGCUUCCCUAACCAAGAUCAUCGGACAACGCAGCCGCUGAUUGAAGGAUCCCUAGAGCGUAAAUCUCGUACAGUCCUUAAAGGCUAUAGCACUGGUUACUAUGUCAUCACCCCCGCCCGCUAUCUCCAUGAGCUCAAAGACAACGACGACCUUCGCAAGGAUCCCAGUCCUGAGCUGUCCCUGUACCUCCCCGACUGCUUAGUUGGAGCCAUCGAUGGCAACAAGUUCACGGUCAAGGGCAAGGACGUUUCGGGUGGUGUCGUGGGAAAUGCUUUCCACGCUAGCUCUGAGUUGAGCUUCAAGGCUCCAUCUGCACGCGAUGCAGAGAAAUGGUGGAAUAUCCUUAAGGAUGCCACCCGCGGCCCUAUAGCCACCACCGUGGCCGCCGCCGCCGCCGCCGCUGUGUCUCCCAUCGUGCCUAGCAGCCCUGCAGUUGCUACUCAUCAGCCGCCUGCCUACCUGGAAAAGGAUUCAAUCCCCAGCAAUACGGCUGCCACAGCUAGCAGCGUAGCAGAGACUGUAACAUCUCCUGUAUCAGAAAAGGUAACGGAGAAGGCUACCGAAGUUGCUACUGAGCACGCUUGAAUGACAUUACCAAGCAUAACGAAUUAAGAACAUAAAUGUCUUUGCUUUUUUUUUUUAAAUACAUGAGCUAUAUUUUGCUUCUCACUAACCUUAUAUAGUAUCAUCAUGCAUUUUUGUUUGCCCUUUUGGGUAUCUGUUAAUAAAAGAUAACCAGUUUAUAUCCUCUGGAUAUUCAUU